UACUGACAAUUAUAAAAGUAAAUUAAAUUCUAGUUAUCGAUAAUACUAACACUCAGUAAUAGUGAUAACAUCAAUCUAACCCUAAGAGGAUAAAAAACUUGAACUGAGCUAGUGCCGUAAAAUGAUGCUCGAAUAUGAUGAUGAUGAUUGUCAACUUGAAGAAGAUAAAUUGUAGAAUGACUAAGACAUGCACCUCAAAUAAACAAUUUAUCAGCUACAUGUAAGGGAAGCUGCUCUCACAGUGUUUUCUCUUACGAUCUGCUCUGUGUAAUCAUAAAUCAUGUAGAAUAUGUCUGAAGAAAAGUACUACAAAUACCAUCUGUUAUCUACUGUGGACCCUGAAGAGUAUUAUUCAUUUGAUUUUUCCACUAUAAUGGAAGAUCGCAUGGGAAUGACUGUCACUUCAGGCAGUGUUACAAUACACAAGGAUGAAAGUAAUCUGAUUGGAAUCAGUAUAGGGGGAGGAGCCCCACAUUGUCCAUGUCUGUAUGUUGUUCAGGUGUUUGAUAACACCCCUGCAGCCAAAGAUGGAACUAUACAGUCUGGUGAUGAGAUUGUGGGAGUGAAUGGAACAUCAGUGAAAGGAAGAACUAAAGUUGAAGUUGCAAAGAUGAUCCAAGGAGUUCAAGAUGAAGUGACCAUUAAUUACAACAAGCUUCAUGCAGAUCCAAAGCAAGGAAGAACACUGGACAUAAUUUUGAAGAAGAUGAAACAUAGAGUGGUUGAAAACAUGAGUUCUACUACAGCUGAUGCUCUGGGUCUUAGCAGAGCAAUAUUAUGUAAUGAUAGCCUAGUAAAGAAGCUGGAAGAAUUGGAAAGAAAUGAGCACAUGUACAGAGGAAUAACAGAGCACACAAAAUCAGUGCUUAAAGCUUUUUUUGAUGUUUGUAAAGUCUACAGAGGGUUUGGUGAUGUAUUUUCAUCUAUUGGUGUGAAAGAACCACAGCAAAGGGCCAGUGAAGCUUUUACGAGGUUUGGAGAAGCUCAUCGGUCAAUGGAAAAAUAUGGGAUUAAACUAUUAAAAACUAUUCGUCCAAUGCUGAAUGACCUGAACACGUAUCUAAACAAAGCGGUACCUGACACACGGCUCACUGUGAAGAAGUAUGUUGACACCAAAUUUGAAUAUCUGUCCUACUGUCUGAAAGUGAAAGAAAUGGAUGAUGAAGAAUAUACCUAUCAAGCACUUCAAGAACCUUUGUACAGAAUUGAAACAGGAAACUAUGAGUACAGGUUAGUCUUAAGAUGUAGACAAGAUGCAAGAGCUAGAUUUGCCAAACUAAGAUCUGAUGUCCUUGUUAAGCUUGAACUGCUGGAUCAGAAACAUGUACAAGAUAUUGUCUUCCAGCUGAACCGUUUUGUAUCAGCACUGUCCCACUACCAUAAUGAUUGUCAUGCUGAAAUGAAAACAGCCAACAUCUUUCCCAUUGAAGUGGAUCUUUCAGGCAGCACUUUCCACUACCCAGAUCCAGCUGUUAGUCCAUAUCAAGAUGAAGAGGAUGAAGAUGACGACGACGAACUUUUGGAAGCAAAAGAAGCCAAAGAGAUUGUAGAAGGCAAUCUUUUAGGGGACUAGUCUUUAUUAAUUAAACACAACCAUGUGUAAAUAUGUUACAGUGUUCAAGAGUAUGUUAAGCUGUGUCAAAAUAGAGAUGUAGUAAGAAAAUUAAGAGGGUUUCUUGAAUGUAAUGGCUUUGCAUCAUUGUUGUGAUGAGUUAUUUUUACACAUUUAUGUAGAAAUGAUUUAUUUCAUUUUAUUUUUAUUUUAUGGGACCAAAACUAUAGACAACUACUGUUAACUUUCAAGAUCAUGAGUAAUUUGAUCUGUUAUUAAGUUAUGAAACAACAGAAUGUCACUACCUGUUAAUAGUUAUCAAGUGUAGAGUAUCGUUAGAAACAGAACGUCACUACAUGUUGACAGUUAUCAAGUGUAGACAAGUGUUAGAAAGAAGCGAAUGUCACUACAUGUUAACAGUUAUCAUGUGUAGACAACUGUUAGAAACAACAGAAUGUCACUACAUGUUAACAGUUAUCAUGUGUAGACAACUGUUAGAAACAACAGAAUGUCACUACAUGUUAACAGUUAUCAUGUGUAGACAACUGUUAGAAACAACAGAAUGUCACUACAUGUUAACGGUUAUCAUGUGUAGACAACUGUUAGAAACAACAG